CAUCCGGGGCUCUCCCCCCCCCUUCGGCCGUUCGCACUCUCGGCUAUGGCGGAGGCCUCAGUUGGGAGGCAGAGUCCAAGGGUUGUGUCCUACCCUGCGCGGAACUUAUGUCCUGGGAGACCCAGCCUUCAUACCACGGCAGUGGUGUCUAUGGGCUCAGGUGACCACCGCUUCAACCUGGCUGAGAUCCUUUCCCAGAACUACGGGGUGCGGGAAGAGACUGAGGAAGAUCAGCGGCAGGAACACUCACAGGGGAAAGCGAAGCCUUUGGAGGAGCUAGAUAAGAGCUUCAAUGCCUCCCAGAACUCUGAAAUGCCGUUCGAGGAAUUGCUGGCACUCUACGGCUACGAGGCCUCUGACCCCAUCUCCGAGCAGGACAGCGAGAGCAACGAUGCCUCGCCCAACCUUCCAGACAUGACCCUGGAUAAGGAGCAGAUAGCGAAGGACCUGCUCUCUGGGGAAGAGGAAGAGGAGACACAGUCUUCGGCCGACGACCUGACCCCUUCCGUCACCUCCCACGACGCCUCGGACCUUUUCCCCAACCAGAUGGGAUCAAACUUCCUGGCUGACGGAGGCAAAGGACGCUGCUCCUCCCCUUGUGCUUCCUUCUCGGCCGAGGACUCGGAAGAAGACGCCAUCCCCGCCAACGAAUGCAAGAAGGAGAUCAUGGUUGGUCCUCAAUACCAGGCAGCUGUUCCUCUCCUCCACCUGAACAGACAUGGCGAAAAAGUCUACGAAAACGACGACCAGCUUCUUUGGGACCCGAACAUCCUCCCCGAGAGGGAAGUGGAAGAGUUCCUUUACCGAGCCAUUAAGAGGAGGUGGGACGAAGUCUCGAACGCCAGCCUUGCAGAGGGGGACACGGUCAAGGACAAUGAGCAAGCGCUGUACGAACUGGUGAAGUGCAACUUCAACGCCGAAGAGGCGCUGCGGAGACUCCGGUUCAACGUGAAGGUCAUUCGAGAUGAGCUCUGUGCCUGGAGCGAAGAGGAAUGCAGGAAUUUCGAACACGGGUUCCGGGUCCACGGAAAGAACUUCCACCUUAUCCAAGCAAACAAGGUCCGCACCCGGUCGGUAGGCGAAUGUGUGGAGUACUAUUACAUGUGGAAGAAAUCGGAGCGCUACGACUACUUCACCCAGCAGACGCGGUUUGGAAGGAAGAAGGAUUACGUGGAUAAUUUUUUGGAUGGUGGGGAAGUAGAAAGUGCCAGUCGUUCGCGAGGUUCCCCACCCAUCCCAUCGGCCACUGGGUGCCUCGACUCUCGUUUCAACCCAGAUCACCUGGCAAUCGAAAGCACAGAACCUUUGAGCAUCGAGAGCGCAGCAUGCAGUUUGGGCAGCACGAGUGAGUCGGGCCACGGCUAUGAGUACAGCACCCCUUCGGAAACAAACUGUUCCUUCGACCCCGCUGAGGAAGCCGCUGCCGGCAGCCGUGCGCCCGCUUUCCUGCAGCACCCGCCAAACCCCCCCGAAGUCGGCUUCUACCAGGUGGCCGCAGCCAGCAAGCAGGAACCGCUGCGGUGCUCGGGGAACGCCCUCGCCGUGGACUUCACCCUCCCCGGGAACGUCGCGGAGGGGCUGCCUUUAAUUUCCGGCCACGUGGGACUGGACAGGGAUCCAGAGACGUUGGUGGCCCCCGCUCAAGUGUCCUUAUCGGUCCCGGAUUUCAGCCUCCUCGGCAUUGGAGAUGUAAAUAGCUACCUGGCCACUCAGCAGGCCUGCCCAGCACCCAGGGGCCACUCGGAGUCCUUGUCUCAGUGACUGCAGCCUCUGCGUAGGGGUCCGCUGGUGGACGAAAGCUGACUCUGGCAGGACUGGAUGGAAUUGCCCUUUGGGGAGGGGGCGCAGAGACGGGUCAGCCUAUCG